CAGGGCAGGGGCUGGCACAGCCCUCCUGCUGCUGCGGGGCAGGGGAUCCCGCUGCCCUGCCGGAGGGGAACGCCGAUUGCUCGGCGGAUUCGGAGGCUUUGUUUGGCGUUUGCCGGAGAUCGGGGCGGUCUGGAGUCGGGGUGAAAUGAGGAGCUGCGGGCCGAGCGGCUCCGCGUGUGCGUUGUGUGGGGGUUCCCGGAGGGCGGCUGUGUUGUUAACGGCGCGCCCGUGGCUGAGGUGUGCGUGUGCUGUGUGUUCGGCUGCGGGUCGGUGGCGGCGGGGCGUGCGUCCAGCCUGCCGCGCUCUCACGGCUGUGGUCCGCUCGUCCCGCGGGAGCGGCGUGCGGAGCUUAGGGCGUGCCGGGCGCGUUGUCGUUCGUUGUUCAGGCCGGCCUGUGAAAUCAUUGGAAGGUGUGAGCGGGGCUCGUUGUUUUGUUUUACGGCUGGAAUCGGUUGCUAGAACUCCUCGCAACAGAAUUGCGGCGUGAGCGGAGGUGGCUGAAUGCCGUGGGUGUGGAGGAGGCAAAAGUUACUUCUUGUUCGAAAGGGCUGCGCGCUGCCUCUGCUGGUGGGCUUUCGCCGCGCUGCACGGCUGGAGACCUGCAGAAUCACUGAAACGUGCUGUGAUCCCUUCUGCGGAGCUUAUGGCACUCGUGUGUGCCAUCAGUGUGGCUGAAUGCCACUUACUCCUAGCCGUUUUAGAGGCCUGGGUACUGCCCGCAGAAAGAAGAAGGUUGUCCACAGAACAGCCACAGCAGAUGAUAAGAAACUUCAGUUUUCUUUAAAGAAACUUGGAGUCAACAAUAUUUCUGGCAUUGAAGAGGUAAAUAUGUUUACCAACCAAGGAACAGUUAUUCACUUCAAUAACCCUAAAGUUCAGGCAUCUCUGGCUGCUAACACUUUCACUAUCACUGGCCAUGCUGAAACAAAGCAGCUGACAGAAAUGCUUCCUAGUAUCUUAAAUCAGCUUGGAGCUGACAGUCUGACCAGCCUGAGGAGAUUGGCAGAAGCCUUACCCAAGCAACCUGUGGAUGGAAAAGCACCUCUUGCUACCGGUGAAGAUGAUGAUGAUGAAGUUCCAGAUCUUGUUGAAAACUUUGAUGAAGCUUCAAAGAACGAAGCAAACUGAAAUAAAUGUCACUUUCUGAAUAAACUUAAAACUUGAAAAAGCUACGUGGAGCUGCUAUUUUAUAUUGCGACUGCUUUUUUUUUUCUUCUGAGAUCUUGGGAUCUCUAAAAUUUGGAAAUUCCUUGAACCUGCAGCUCCUUCUAGUUAUUGCUUGUACACUAUAUUGUUUUUGUGGCCUGGUUGAACAAACCUCUGCUUUGAAAUAUGAUUGCUAAUAAAUUUCUUCCUAGACACAAUUUUUGAGUAACUUGUAUACAAGCAAAACCAUAUCUUUAAUGAACUUUGACAUACAAUAAAAAAUAUAUAUAGUAAA